ACCCGGCUUUGGAUUAAAGAUGGCGGACCAGAGUGAGACAGCAGCGGGCGAGCGGCCGGGGGAGGAGGAGAACGGACACGGACAUUGCAGCGACUGCGAGAAUGAUGAGAAGCACAGCUCGAACCGGGGAGAGGUUGACAACACUGGAGUUAAGAAAAAGAAGAAGCAGAAACGCAAGAAAGACAAAGGAGGGGACAAGCUGGAAAACCACUGAGGCUCCGGUGAACACUCUACCUGCUGAGAAGAUCCAAGAGAUCCAGAAGGCCAUUGAGCUGUUUUCUGUGGGUCAAGGGUCCGCUAAGACCAUGGAAGAGGCCAGCAAGAGAAGCUACCAGUUCUGGGACACGCAGCCUGUUCCUAAGUUAGGUGAAGUGGUCAAUACACAUGGCCCUAUUGAGCCAGACAAGGAUAAUAUCCGUCAGGAGCCAUACAGCCUGCCACAGGGUUUCACCUGGGAUGCUCUGGAUUUGAGUGACAGAUCAGUGCUAAAGGAGCUGUACACUUUGCUAAAUGAAAACUAUGUAGAAGAUGAUGAUAACAUGUUCCGCUUUGACUACUCGCCGGAGUUCCUGUUAUGGGCACUGAGACCUCCCGGAUGGCUGCCACAGUGGCACUGUGGAGUGAGGGUCAUCAAUAGCAAGAAGCUAGUGGGGUUUAUCAGCGCCAUUCCAGCUAACAUGAAAAUCUAUGAUCUCACCAAGAAGAUGGUAGAGAUCAAUUUCCUCUGUGUACACAAGAAGAUGCGUGCCAAGCGGGUCGCACCAGUCCUGAUCCGUGAGAUCACACGUAGAGUUCACAUGGAGGGGAUCUUCCAGGCGGUGUAUACCGCAGGUGUUGUGCUGCCUAAACCAGUAGCCACAUGCAGGUACUGGCAUAGGUCACUAAACCCUCGGAAACUGAUAGAGGUGAAAUUCUCUCAUCUUAGCCGGAACAUGACCAUGCAGAGGACUAUGAAACUGUACCGGCUUCCGGAGACUGCUAAAACCCAAGGCAUGAAACCAAUGGAGCUACAUCAUGUCCCCGCUGUACACCGGCUCCUGACUCAGUACUUGUCUCAGUUCAACCUGGCCCCGUUCAUGAGUGAAGAAGAGGUGAAACAUUGGCUUCUGCCCCAAGAGAACAUCAUAGAUACCUUCGUGGUGGAGUCUCCAGACGGAGAGCUAACAGACUUCCUGAGCUUCCACACGCUCCCCUCAACCAUCAUGAACCACCCCACACACAAGAGCCUAAAGGCUGCGUACUCCUUCUACAAUGUGCACACCAAAACGCCUCUUGUCGACCUCAUGAAUGAUGCCCUCAUCCUGGCAAAAUCUAAAGGAUUCGAUGUCUUUAAUGCCCUAGACCUCAUGGAAAACAAAACCUUUCUGGAGAAACUGAUACUAAUCUGA